ACACACACACACACACACUUUCCUUUACAUUGCAACAGGAUCUCUAUGGAAGUGUUACCUUGGAUACACCUACAGUAUAUGUGUGAAUGUGUGGGUGAGUGAUAUGGUAUUUUAAGGAUUCAACAAUACAUGUCCAAUGUGUUAAUCAGUUGUCUGCUACACUCUCAUAUACUGAAUGGUAGUGAGCCAGCCACAUGGCCUCUGGUCUUUUUUAAACUAGUUUUUCUAUUGAUGUUGUUGUUUGUACAUCAGGAGCGUUAUUAUAAUAUCCAGUAUUUAUCAUGGUCCUCUGCUUAAGGGGAAGAUACAGAACUAGUUUUAGGAGCGUUAUUAUAAUAUCCAGUAUUUAUCAUGGUCCUCUGCUUAAGGGGAAGAUACAGAACUAGUUUUAGGAGCGUUAUUAUAAUAUCCAGUAUUUAUCAUGGUCCUCUGCUUAAGGGGAAGAUACAGAACUAGUUUUAGGAGCGUUAUUUUCGCUAGCUGAUGUUUUUUGUGUGUGUUGCUUUGAAUCGGGUAUUUCGAGGCAAUUCAGGGCAUGUAUUAUGCUUUGUGAUUAUUAGUAAUAAUGAUAAAUUGGCCAUCAGUAUUGCUCAUCUCAUACUUCCAAGCUCUGUCAAUGUGCUACUGUAACAUGCUGGGAAACUGUACUGGAUGGUGGACUGCUCAUAACCUCCCUCAUAACCUCCCUUCUUCCCAUUCUCCCUCCCAGUCAGCUAACCCAAUGAAAGAUUAACACUAAACUUUCUCUCCCUCCUUCCCUCUCUCCCCCUCAGACUGUCCAGGAGAGGCUAACAGGUCAGCUAACCCAAUGAACAGCAACAGGAAAGAGGACAUGGAGAUUUCGUCCCACUACCGGCAGCUCCUGCGGGAGCUCAACGAGCAGCGGCAGCAUGGCAUUCUGUGUGACGCCUGUGUCAUUGUGGAGGGGAAGAUCUUCAAGGCCCACAAGAACGUCCUCCUGGGAUCUUCACGUUACUUCAAGACCCUCUACUGCCAGGUGAAGAAAGGGGCGGAGACACAUCACCAAACAUCCGUCACUCACCUGGACAUCGUCACAGCGACAGGCUUCAAAGCCAUCCUGGACUUCAUGUACUCUGCCCACCUGGCGCUGACCAGUAAAAACGUCAUUGAGGUGAUGUCAGCUGCCAGUUACUUACAGAUGACCGACAUCGUCCAGGCCUGCCACGGCUUCAUCAAGGCCGCGCUGGACAUCAGUAUCCGCUCCGAGCUGGCCGACGAACUGGUCGACUUCGAGAUGGGGGCUGUCGCGGCCGCUGGGAUAUGUGGGGGAGGUAUAGGGGGAGGUGGGGGAGGUAUAGGGGGAGAAAGAGGAGGAGGAGGGUUAGGAGGGGCGGCGUCAGAAGCCCUGGUGUCCAUCAUAUCAGGAGGAAGCUCCUCGCCAUGGCUGGAGAGGCGUACGAGUCCGGCCAACUCUUCUGGUGACUCAGCCAUCGCCAGCUGCCAUGAGGGUAGUGGCAGUACGUACGGUAAAGAGGACCAGGAGACACCCAAGAGCCAUGAGAGCCAGGAAGACGGUGGCCACGACUCCCAGCACGCCUGGCCACACGACUACCGACCCGUCACUGUCAAAGAAGAACAAGUCUCACCCUCCUCCACUUCUCACCCCCGGGAGAGGCUCAGAGUGGGUGCAGGGGCACAGGGGGUGCAGGGGGGAGGAGGGUUGGGGGGAGGAGGUGACGGGGCAUGGCAGCCCUCUGGGUCGGGGAGGAGGAAGAACAGGAAGAACAAGGACACAGUCAGACAUAUUACCCAGCAGACCGAGCUGGACAGAGACAGCAGGCCGGGCUCUCCGCUGCCCCCUGUGAUGGGCGUGACUCGUUGGAGCUACAAUGGACAGGACAUCCCAGGUGCAGAUGUGACAGAGCCCAACAGCUCAGACAGUCGCGGAGAACGUCUCGACUUCUUCCUCAAACAGGAAGAAGCUCUGGCAAUGGGCGAGGCCAACUUCCUGGGUGCCAGCGAAUCAGAUGAGGCAGGAGGUGGGAUCGGGGGCGGGACUACACCUUCGGUAGCCAAUCUGAGGGCAGCAUUGAUGAGUAAAAACAGCCUGCUUUCGCUACGGGCUGAGAUGCUGGGAGACGAUAACCCUGUACUGUUUGAAUUCAUGCCCAAAGGAGGACACUCCCUUUCACUGAAUGACUUCACAGUGAUCCGUAAGAAGUUUAAGUGCCCCUACUGUAGUUUCUCUGCCAUGCACCAGUGCAUCCUGAAGAGGCACAUGCGUUCCCACACGGGCGAGAGGCCCUACCCCUGUGAGAUCUGUGGCAAGAAGUUCACCAGGAGAGAGCACAUGAAGAGACACACACUGGUCCACAGUAAAGAUAAGAAGUAUGUGUGUAAGGUCUGCAGCCGGGUCUUCAUGUCGGCAGCCAGCGUUGGAAUCAAACAUGGCUCCCGUCGCCAUGGUGUCUGUGUUGACUGUUCUGGACGGGGCGUGGACCACAACCGGGAAGCAGGCGGAGACAUGUCGCCCGAAGAUGAGCAGUAUCCCAGCGACCACCGUUUCCACAACGACCAGGUGGAGUGCGAAGGCGACGGAGAGGCGGAGGAAGAGAUGAUGACGGAAGGGGAUGGAGAGAUGAUGGGAGAGGGGGAUGAGGAGGGAGGAAAGUGGAAGGAUGACUCAGGGAUGAUGACGGAGGGAGACGGAGCCAUGGAUAAUGACAAGGAGGAGAGCAACUCCUCUGCACCAGAGGGGGAGCAGCACAAUGGGAGCGAGAAGGAUUUCAGCUGGAUCUCUUAGGAUCCUAUGGGAUCAUUUAGGAUCUAUUGUGGAUCUUAGGCAGACACAGCUCUCUUUACCCAUGUGUACAUGGGCCUUCCUCUGAGUGGGAUAUGUGGGCGAUACGCGACAAUGAUCUAAACCCUUGACAGAUGCCAUACACACACACACCGCACAUACACACACAAGCUGAGCCCUGUGCUGAUGAUAGGACUGCCAUGGUGGAAAGAGAACAAUUGAGAGAAAAAAAGUAUGUUUUGUUAAUUUGUUUAUUUCUGAUGAGGACCCUAUCAGAGUCUGUCCAUUGGUUUAGAUGUUCACCUCCAUCGCACUGGGACCAAUGAGGACUCAUUCAACAUCUUAGCUGAUUUUGAACCAUGACUUUUUGUGGUCACAGUUGCCAUGGAUACGACGGAUCGUUAACAGUUUGGGAAAACACCAAGGUGGUGUCUUGUUACCAUGCAGUCCUAUUUGGGGACAGUCUCUACUCAUUAUGGGGACAGUCUCUACACCUGGGGACAGUCUCUAGUCAUUAUGGGGAUAGCCUCUACAUCUGGGGACGGUCUUUACAUCUGGGGACAGUCUCUACUCAUUAUGGGGACAGUGUCUACACCUGGGGACAGUCUCUACAUCUGGGGACAGUCUCUACUCAUUAUGGGGACAAUGUCUACACCUAGGGACAGUCUCUAUUAAUUUUGGGGACAGUCUGUAUUUAUUUGGGGGACAGGCUCUAGACAUUUUGCGGACAGUCUAUUUAGUCGGGGGACAGUCUUUAUUUAUUUGGGGGACAGUCUUUAUUCAUUUGGGGGACAGUAUUCAUUCAUUUGGGGGCCAGUCUCAAUUAAUUUGGGGGAUAGUCUUUAUUCAUUUGGGGGACAGUCUUUAUUCAUUUGGGGGACAGUCGUUAUUCAUUUUGGACAGUCUCUAUUAAUUUGGGAACAGUCUUUAUUCAUUUGGGGGACAGUAUUCAUUCUUUUGGGGGACAAUAUUAAUUUGGGGGACAGUAUUCAUUUGAGGACAGUCUAUUAAUUUGUGGGAAAGUCUCUAUUUAUUUGGGGGACAUUCUCUAUUCAUUUGGGGACAGUCUCUAUUCAUUUGGGGACAGUCUCUAUUCAUUUGAGGACCGUUUCUAUUCAUUUGAGGACAGUCUCUAUUCAUUUGGGGACCGUUUCUAUUCAUUUGAGGACAGUCUCUAUUCAUUUGGGGACAGUCUCUAUUCAUUUGGGGACCGUUUCUAUUCAUUUGAGGACAGUCUCUAUUCAUUUGGGGACAGUCUCUAUUCAUUUGGGGACCGUUUCUAUUCAUGUGAGGACAGUCUCUAUUCAUUUGGGGACAGUCUCUAUUCAUUUGGGGACCAUGUCUAUUCAUUUGAGGACAGUCUCUAUUCAUUUGGGGACAGUCUCUAUUUAUUUGGGGGACAUUCUCUAUUCAUUUGAGGACAGUCUCUAUUCAUUUGGGGACAGUUUCUAUUCAUUUGAGGACAGUCACGAUUCAUGUUUGAGACAGUCUUUUAUCUAUUGUAAAGUUGCACCCGUCAGGCAGCGGUUGGCCCAUUGUCUCCUGCAGAGUGAAACUGCCACAGACUUGCACUUUAACGUCGACUAGACUCCUGUCAAUGCUCACAACCCGUGGUUUACAUUUUCAAUCUGAUUUUACCUACACAACUCGGUGACCGCACCUACCUUUAAGGAUAUACUGUAUGUCCUCAUGACUGUUAUGAUAUAUAAAUAUAUGGAUAUUAUAAUACUUGUGCAAAGUUUGCUGAUUAUAAUAGCCUAUGCCCAGUGGAGGCUGGUGGGAGGAGCUAUAGGAGGACGGGCUCAUUGUAAUGGCUGGAAUGGAAUAAAUGGAACGGAAUCAAACAUGUGGUUUCCAUGUCUGUGAUGUGUUUGAUACCGUUCCAUUUAUUCCAUUCCAGCCAUUACAAUGAGCCCGUCCUCCUAUAGCUCCUCCCACCAGCCUUCACUGCCUAUGCCUUUCAAUUGGUUCUUUCGCUACUUAAGUUUACCAUGUGUUUCUGUUGAGCUGUGAUGAGAAUUAUGAAAGGUUGAGCAAAUGUACAUACAAACAAGCCACAAGAAUUAGUAUAUUGAGCAAGAGAGGGAGUUGGAGAGAGACUUAUGAGAGAGAAAGUUUGAGAGAGACAGAGAAGAAGAGUGUGAGAGUGAACACUAUGCAGGGACAUAACCAAUCAAGCCAGAUGUCAGUGUUCUGAAUUCUCUACUUUCAGAGAGAGGACACAGAUCGAGAGGUAACCUAGCGGUUAAGAGCAUUGGGACUGUAACCGAAAGGUUGCUGGUUUGAAUCCCUCCUGAGCCGACUGGGUGAAAAAUCUGUCGAUGUGCCCUUAAGCAAGGCACUUAAUUCUAAUUGCUCCUGUAAGUCGCUCUGGAUAACAGCAUCUGCAUAAUGACAUAAAUGUAAACCUUUACUUCAGAUAUUUCCUCUCAGAAUGAGCGAGAGAGACAUAUUACAUACACAAUGAUGAUGGGUCACGACUCAUGCCAACACAAGCACACUAUGGAGCUAUUCUACGUGGACAUUUCAUCUCUUUUUUCUUACCUUGAAUCUCAAGUUGUAUCUAUGGACAGCGGUCGUGUUUAGAAGCAGACUUUCUUCAAAACCUUUGUUGUUUUAUUAUAAUUUUUUAUAUUUCACUAUAAAUACAGAAUAUGCACACUUUUACAUCUUAGUGUACCUUAAUGAAUGGUUCAUCUUUCUUUUUGGUGAUAAUGUUCAUUUCAGUUUGUAAAAUAAGCCAGGCUUCGGCUUAAGAUGCCACCCAGAGAGUGGCCUGUUCUGGUGAGUGCUUUUAUGACGCUUUGUUCCGUUUCAAAAAGUUCUUUAUUAACACACAUUUGUGGAAUUAUUGUACUACUGUAUAAAGACAUUCUCUCAGCUCCGUCUAACGCCUUCUGUAGUCACAGCGUGUGUGGAUGUGUGGAUGUGUGGAUGUGGACGUGUGUGUUCGUGUGUGUGUGCAAGCGUGUGAGAUGUAUAUUGAUUUUCUUAAGAUUAUGUUCAUGUUUAUUAUGAUGAUCACAACUAUGAUAUGAUGUUAUUAUGAUGAUGAUCACAACUAUGAUAUGAUGUUAUUAUUAUGAUCACAACUAUGAUAUGAUAUUAUUAUUAUGAUCACAACUAUGAUAUGAUGUUAUUAUUAUGAUCACAACUAUGAUAUGAUGUUAUUAUUAUGAUCACAACUAUGAUAUGAUAUUAUUAUUAUGAUCACAACUAUGAUAUGAUGUUAUUAUUAUGAUCACAACUAUGAUAUGAUGUUAUUAUUAUGAUCACAACUAUGAUAUGAUAUUAUUAUUAUGAUCACAACUAUGAUAUGAUGUUAUUAUUAUGAUGAUCACAACUAUGACAUGAUGUUAUUAUUAUGAUCACAACUAUGAUAUGAUAUUAUUAUUAUGAUCACAACUAUGAUAUGAUGUUAUUAUUAUGAUCACAACUAUGAUAUGAUGUUAUUAUGAUGAUGAUCACAACUAUGAUAUGAUGUUAUUAUGAUGAUGAUCACAACUAUGAUAUGAUGUUAUUAUUAUGAUCACAACUAUGAUAUGAUAUUAUUAUUAUGAUCAGAACUAUGAUAUGAUGUUAUUAUUAUGAUGAUUACAACUAUGAUAUGAUAUUAUUAUUAUGAUCAGAACUAUGAUAUGAUAUUAUUAUUAUGAUCAGAACUAUGAUAUGAUGUUAUUAUUAUGAUGAUCACAACUAUGAUAUGAUGUUAUUAUUAUGAUGAUCACAACUAUGAUAUGAUGUUAUUAUUAUGAUGAUCACAACUAUGAUAUAAUAUUAUUAUUAUUAUUAUGAUGAUCACAACUAUGAUCUGAUAUUAUUAUGAUGAUCACAACUAUGAUAUGAUAUUAUUUUGAUGAUGAUCACAACUAUGAUAUAAUAUUAUUAUUAUUAUUAUGAUGAUCACAACUAUGAUAUGAUAUUAUUAUUAUUAUGAUCAGAACUAUGAUAUGAUGUUAUUAUUAUGAUGAUCACAACUAUGAUAUGAUGUUAUUAUUAUGAUGAUCACAACUAUGAUAUGAUAUUAUUAUGAUGAUGAUCACAACUAUGAUAUGAUGUUAUUAUUAUGAUGAUCACAACUAUGAUAUGAUAUUAUUAUUAUGAUCACAACUAUGAUGUGAUAUUAUUAUUAUGAUGAUCACAACUAUGAUAUGAUAUUAUUAUUAUGAUGAUCACAACUAUGAUAUGAUAUUAUUAUUAUGAUGAUCACAACUAUGAUAUGAUAUUAUUAUUAUGAUGAUCACAACUAUGAUAUGAUAUUAUUAUUAUGAUGAUCACAACUAUGAUAUGAUAUUAUUAUUAUGAUGAUCACAACUAUGAUAUGAUAUUAUUAUUAUGAUGAUCACAACUAUGAUGUGAUAUUAUUAUUAUGAUGAUCACAACUAUGAUAUGAUAUUAUUAUUAUGAUGAUCACAACUAUGAUAUGAUGUUAUUAUUAUGAUGAUCACAACUAUGAUAUGAUAUUAUUAUUAUGAUGAUCACAACUAUGAUAUGAUGUUAUUAUUAUCAUUAUUAAGUUCUGGAUGCUAAGCUUUAUUGUGUGUUUCUUUUUUAUAUUUAAUAUCUUGUACUAGACGAAAAGCUUGUGGACAGCAAGCUAUAAGGUGUUUCUUAACAGUUCUAUCAUGCCAGUCUCUUUUUUUCUGUUGUAUUUGGUUUUUACAGAGAAAGAAGAAAUAAUCAAAGGCGCUAAUUUAUUCUUAGGGCUCUGUUCAAUCAGAUCCGUGGCAUCCGCAUUGCGGUUGCUUUGUCGGUAUCAGAGGUGGAACGGCUCUAGAGUUGUCAAAUCUACAAGCAGCUCCCGGCAUUAUACCUGAAGCGACAUUGCCAUUGGCCAUUGGCUGCACGGAGUCACAUUAAGAGAAAUAUCAUGCAGCCUUGUUUACAAAUUCAAACACUGGAAGGUGAUAUGUAAUCUACACCUCCAUUAGGGUGACAUAAACUCUCUUUAUUUGCUUUAAGGAUUUUCAUUUUUAGUGUCAUUAUUUCUAUAUAGACUACACCUUCAUUCUGAACUUGAAAUGCGAGUGGGACAGGUGUGGAUUCAUGAGAAGGAUCCAAGGCAGCUGCUCACCGAUUUGACAGCUCCAACGCAGUUCCACCGCCAAAACAUCAGCUAUGCGGGUGUUGGCUAUCACCUGGUAAUGCUAAUCUGACUGAAUCUAGGCCUUAGAUAUGGAUUGGACUUAUGUAUGGUAUGGCACAAGAAUCUAUAUUACUAACAUACACUAAUUAAUUAACAUCAUACCAAAAAUAACCUAAUGUGUUGUAUCAAGUGCUUUUGUUUCAACGGUGCGUGUGCAGAUGUAGGUGCACAUAUUUCAAUUUAUUGUGGUCUAAUAAUUGUGUUGUAGUUUGGAUGUUGUUGUUUUUUGAAAUCAUGUUUUUUUUUUUUUACAGUUUUCAAAGUGCACAUGUUGUGUGUAUAUAUACGGUAUCAUUGUAUAUGAAGGGCCUUGUGACUUGCUAGGCUAGACCUGCUGAAGAUCGCAUCUUUAACCCCUCUUUUCUUUAUUGUUCGAGUUGCCCUGGUUUCCAAAGUUGUGUUCUACUGUAUAUCCUAAAUAUAGGCCCAAUUCCAAAUCUACCCCUGGCCCGGACCCCUAUGCACUUUUUGUAGGUCUGAAAUGAUUAGGUAGGGGUAAAUAAUAUAAGGCAAAUGUCAACCUGGCCUAACAGAGGGCAAUAUUCUUCCAGACCUACAAGACAUGUUUUGGGGUAGGGUGCCUAAACGGCAAGUUGGUAUUUAUUGUCAUUAAUCUUGCCUUGGAGGCAGCUGCAGGAUGGUCACUAGCUGGCACAGCCACAAAGUCAGAAAAUCUGAACUUAAACCUAACAUUAACCCUAAUCUUAACCACACUGCUAAUCAUAAUGCCUAACCCUAACUUUAAAUUAAGACCAAAAAGCUAGUUUUUGUCUUAAUUCAUUUUUACGAUACAGCCAAUUUUGACUUUGCAGCUGGCCUAUCUAGCGGAAAUCACUCAUGUCUGCCUCCAGGGCAAGAUUCAUUACAAUAAACAUCAACCUGCACCUGAAUGCUAUGGGGGAAAGGGACAAAGUGGGCCACAGUGGUGCCUCUGGGAAUUAUAGUUGUGUAGCCACAGUUGGUUGCAAACAUUACCAUCUGCCACACUUCCAUUCCCAUCAGUCCCAGUGCUAAACACUGUAUCUACGGAACAACCCUCGGGUGUGUGUUUAAUUUCACUGAUUCCUGAUGCCUUCCUCAUGUGUGGUGGCAAGCUUUAUUUAAGUAGUAUUAUUUAUUGUCUAUUAGCAAUUUCUAAUCACUUGAAGGUUUCAGAAAGAAAAUGAAUGAUGUUGUGUGGAUAUUUUGAAUGUUAAUGGCUGAAUAUGUAGGGAUUGUGAAGAGCUGCCGUGUAUUUGGAAGGAAUAGCAGGGCUAUUUCUCUGACAUCCAUCCAGUGCUUUUCCACUCCAGAAUCCUGUGACCACUGAGAUGUUUUUACCCACUUCCUUAUCGUUAUCAUCACCUGUCUGCCUGCCUGCCGGCAUGUCUUCUUAUUCCUUGUCUUGGGUUGUAAUUCAGGAAACAUUUGCCAUCCAAUCCCCUCAACAAUGUGCCUCGAUACAUUUUAGAUGUGGGUGUGUUUCAAGAGAUAGGGACAUACAGAAAUCUGAUGGAUAGAGAUUUUUAAAAUAUAUUUUAUCUAAAUCACAGGUGCAAAAAGUUGAGAAAAUCCUGUUUUUCUGAGAGACAAAUCAGCUGUUUGUUUUUGAGGACCUAUGUGACUGUGUUACAGUAUACGGUAUAUUCUGUUCCUGUGUUUAUUAGCCCAUUGUGCCCUGAUUCCAUGGUCUUAACUGCACGCCUUUGUUCAUUUGUCAUACCAAAGCUCUGUCUCUGGCGUCUGCACAAAACUGGUUUAUUUCACAUGCAAAACGGUUUGCUUUUCAGCAGAUAAAUAUUUGUAUUCUGCUCUUAGAUGCGUACAAAAUUGCAAUCCUUAUUUAGCCUGUAUAGCUUGAUUCACAUGUGCAAAUCACAAAGCCAUAGAUAUGGUUAUAUCUAGAUUUGACUAUAUUUCAAAAUUCUUAUUUUAGAUUCUGUUCUUUACUAAGAGUGAUGUGUGUAUACCUUCAUAUAUAUAUACAUUUAUAUUGUUAUUAUAUAUAUUAUUUAUUUUCUCUCACAUUUGGCAAGGUGUCUUUCGUUUGUAAAGUGAGAAACUUGAAACUUGACAGUUGUUUGUUGGGAAUAUUGUUCAAUAUGAUACUGACUUUAUAUCGAUUAUCAUAAACCUGUGUUUGUAACAAAGAUGUGUUGAAUAAUCAAACCCCUUGAUCUGUUUGGGAGGAUUAAAGUGAGCAGGUCUUCUGUAUAUGAUAGUACUGAUCACUUGAGCUUUUUUGUAGCCAAACAUGAACUUCCCUACCGUCCUGUUGUGAGGGCUAGCCUAAAGGGCUAACCCAGGCCUCUUUCUAACUUCAUGUUUAGUGGAAUUAGCUUGACUAUUAUUUGCAAAACCAAUCAGUCUCAAUAAAUUUUGAAAUUGCUGCUGAA